AUGGUUUUUGUUAAGGAUAAGAACAAACGUAUCGGCACUAUUUUCUGGCUGUAUGAAGUAUUGACGCUCGUUUCUACAGUCGUUGGGCCAAGUUCUGUGAUAUUAGUGGUAUCAGGAGGGUUGGUCUACGCCUGGGGUGUCUCUACAACAUGGAGCACUAUUAUUCAGAUACUUCUCAUCGUGAUUUACGCAGUUGUUUCCUUGCGAGCAUCCCAGACUACCCAAAUGAUCAUGGCAAAUUUCUUGACGUACCUCUACUCUGUAACUAUAUGUGCAGUUAUGGUGGGAAUACUGAUAGAGGUUGUUCAAGAUGUUAUCGGGACAAAUACGGAUGUGAUUGACAGACGAUUCUGUUUAUCUACUUCCACUUUGUACUUGUUUAUCAUGGUAGGAUUGUUCCUACUAACAGGGAUUAUGCAUUUAUGGAAGGAAUUCCGGUAUCUCCUUUAUGGAUUUUGCUACUUUCUAGCAAUCCCAGCUGGCUACUUGGUGCUCAUGGUUUACAGUCUCUGUAACAUCACCGACCGUUCGUGGGGAACAAGGGAAAGCGCCACGAAAAAUAAUGGAUCAAAUAAGACUGAGAAUGAGUCAUCGUGUUCUGGAAUGCUGCAAGAGCUAUGUAGAUGUCCUUGUGUCUUGCAAACAAGAACAGAGAGGGAAAUAAUUAAGGUAGUCGAUGGUGUAUCCCAGACAGACCCUGCAGAGCUCAGCGAUAACUCACUACGAUCCCAGCAAUCACCAAUAUCACCAAGUUCACAAGACUCACAGGAAGCACAAGGAUCCCAGCAAUCACCAAGUUCACAAGACUCACAGGAAGCACAAGGAUCCCAGCAAUCACCAAGUUCACAAGACUCACAGGAAGCACAAGGAUCCCAGCAAUCACCAAGUUCACAAGACUCUCAGGAAGCACAAGGAUCCCAGCAAUCACCAAUAUCACCAAGUUCACAAGACUCACAGGAAGCACAAGGAUCCCAGCAAUCACCAAUAUCACCAAGUUCACAAGACUCACAGGAAGCACAAGGAUCCCAGCAAUCACAAAGUUCAUCAAAUUCACAGAAAGGAACACCUGAGAAUGAAUCAUCGUGUUCUGGAAUGCUGCAAAAGCUAUGUAGAUGGCCUUGUGUCUGGCGAACAAGAACAGAGAGAGAAACAAUUAAGUUAGUCGAUGGUGAAUUCCGGCCAGACUCUGCAGAGCUCAGCGCUAACUCACUACGAUCCCAGCAAUCACCAAUAUCACCAAGUUCACAAGACUCACAGGAAGCACAAGGACCCCAGGAAUCACCAAGUUCGCAAGAGACGCUCGACUUCUGGAAGGAUCUCCAACCACGUAUACAGCCAGAAAAAGAUACGUCCAACAUUCAAGGAAACCUAGUCUCUCUGCGGAACACGUGGCUGUUGUUGUUCAGUAUUUCAAACUCGCUGUGGAUGAUCCUCAUCAUUACCAUGGCAAACAACGCACAACUUCUCAAGGUGGUCGGAAGCAACCCCAUAGGUCUUUUUGUACUGACGAUAUUUCUGAUAGUGCUGACUCUUCAGUUCCUAGCCAUGCUUCGUCAUCGAAUAGGCACGUUUGUACACUUCAUCGCGCGGAAGAAUAGGGCCCUAGACGGCUCGACGACACGGAAGAAUAAAACCCCACACGACUCAAUAGUUUAA